AUGGAUGAAAGGUUCAACAAGUGGCUGCUGACGCCGGUGCUCACUCUUCUCUUCGUGGUCAUCAUGUACCAGUACGUGUCCCCCUCCUGCACCAGCUCCUGCGCCAACUUCGGGGAGCAGCCCCGCGCCGGGGAGCCCGGCCAGCCUGCCGCCCCGGGUCCCGCCCGCCCGGCACAGGCGCCGCUCGAGGACUGGGAGCGACGGCCCCAGCUGCCCCCGCCACCCCGGGGGCCGCCCGAGGGGCCUCGGGGGGCCGCGGCGCCGGAGGACGAGGACGAGGAGCCGGGGGACCCGGAGGAGGAGGAGGAGGCAGAGGAGGAGGAAGAAGAGCCGGACCCCGAGGCCCCCGAGAACGGAUCGCUGCCCCGGUUCGUGCCGCGCUUCAACUUCACCCUGAAGGACCUGACCCGCUUCGUGGAUUUCAACAUCAAGGGGCGCGACGUGAUCGUGUUCCUGCACAUCCAGAAGACCGGGGGCACCACGUUCGGGCGGCACCUGGUGAAGAACAUCCGGCUGGAGCAGCCGUGCAGCUGCAAAGCCGGCCAGAAGAAGUGCACCUGCCACCGGCCCGGCAAGAAGGAGACGUGGCUCUUCUCCCGCUUCUCCACCGGCUGGAGCUGCGGGCUGCACGCCGACUGGACGGAGCUCACCAACUGUGUGCCGGCCAUCAUGGAGAAGAAAGACUGUCCCCGCAACCACAGCCAUACCAGGAAUUUCUAUUACAUCACCAUGUUGCGGGAUCCGGUGUCCCGGUACCUGAGCGAGUGGAAACACGUCCAGAGAGGGGCCACGUGGAAAACCUCCCUCCACAUGUGCGAUGGGAGGAGCCCCACCCCCAACGAGCUGCCUACCUGCUACCCCGGGGACGACUGGUCUGGGGUCAGCCUACGGGAAUUCAUGGACUGCACCUACAACCUGGCUAACAACCGCCAGGUGCGCAUGCUGGCCGACCUCAGCCUGGUGGGCUGCUACAACUUGACUUUCAUGAACGAGAGCGAGCGGAACGCCAUCCUGCUGCAGAGCGCCAAGGGCAACCUGAAGAACAUGGCCUUCUUCGGGCUCACGGAGUUCCAGCGGAAGACGCAGUUUCUCUUCGAGAGGACAUUCAACCUCAAGUUCAUCUCCCCCUUCACGCAGUUCAACGUCACGCGGGCUUCCAACGUGGAGAUCCACGAGGGCGCCCGCCGGCGCAUCGAGGAGCUCAACUUCUUGGACGUGCAGCUCUACGCGUACGCGAAGGAUCUCUUCCAGCAGCGCUACCACCGUACCAAGCAGCUGGAGCGCCGCAGGGACCGGCAAAAGCGGCGCGAGAAGCGGCGGCUGCAGCGGGAGCGCGGGGGCCACCGUCCUGUCCACAGACAGGACGGGAGCCCAGAGCGGGCAGUCACGGAGGACUACACCAGCCAGGUGGUGAGAUGGUGA